UAGGACAAUACCCACAUUUUCCGAAAUUAUGCCGACAACGAAUCUACGUUCUACGACAGCGCCUCGACAGCCCUCAUGGCAUAUACAGUCUACCGGCUAUACACUGUUACCGGCGAUACGUCUUACAUCCGCCAGGCUGAGCGCAGUAGGAACGCUUUAUACGCUAGCGGAGUGACGUCCACUUACUCCUUAUCGCUGAGUUCCACGUCAACUUCAACUAGUACCUCGCCGGCGUCGACCUCUACCUCAGGAUAUGAACAUUUCACGUCCGACGGGUGGCUGACGCCCGUCGUGAACCCACAUUCGUAUGGCGUCGAGGGAUCGGACAGUGCCGAGGCACAGGCGUUCGUGUUGUUGAUGCAAUCGGCAUACGAGGAAUGGGUAGCUGAUGGUUCGCAGGGGAGUGGAGCCUUGCAGUUGCGUACGUCUGCUUGGGGGGUUCUGCUUUCUAUUGCGGCGGGUGCAGUGGUCCUCCUGUGAAUGAUACCCUUUCCCGGUUUGAAGUAUACUUAUUCCCAGUUUAUUUUCCUCCUCGGUGCAUUCUCUUUUUGAUGGAGACUUACUUACCUUCAGACGCUUACUGUAUCCUUUUUUGUAUUAUCUUACUCAGUUGUAGUGGGGAAUAAGAACAUUUUUGACAUCGCGUUUCGGUCAGCG